GGGGAGGCCGCGCUGCGCCCCGCCAACAGCAGGGCCGCGCCCGGGACCGCGGGGACGGCUGCGAAGAGGAGCGGGAAGAAAGCCGAGAAUCGCCGCCGCCAUGCUGGGCGUGUUCCGCUCCAUCCCCACGCAGAUGGACUACAAGGGCCAAAAAUUAGCAGAACAGAUUUUUCAAGGAAUCAUUCUUGUCUCUGCAGUAAUUGGUUUCAUCUAUGGAUACAUCACUGAACAGUUUGGAUGGACUGUCUACAUAGUUAUGGCUGGAUUUGCUUUAUCAUGUUUGCUGACACUCCCUCCGUGGCCCAUGUACCGCCGCAACCCCCUCAAGUGGCUGCCAGUCCAGGAGUCGGGCACGGAAGAGAAGAAGGCAGCAGACAGGAAGCCAAAGAGACAUUCUAAAAGCUAAAGGCUGUUACUUUGUUUGUUAAAUUAAUUUCCACUGAGAAAUACUUCUUGGCUUAGUGUUUGGGUUUUUUCCUUAGUACUUUGUAUACAACCAAGCUCUACAGGGAGCAUGAAAGCUGGAAAUUGGGUCUGGAGUUUUAGGGGAGUCACUGGGAACACUGGGGUGGGGGGAUUAACUUCAGAAGGCUACUGGAGGUCACAUCUCAAGUAUUUCACUAAAAAGGAACACAGUGAAUCAAAUUAAUUCUAGUUAAGCUGUUGCUGUAGCCUAAAAGAUAAUAAAAAGCUGGAGUUCUACUGAAA